AUGACCAAAGAUAUUGACCAGCGUAUGUCCGUUAAUACGAAAAAUCAGCAGCAUACCCCGAAAUACCAUCACAUGCAUCAUCAAGUUCAGAAUGAUCCCAGUGGUUCGGCACAAACUGCGUCAGCACUAUCGCCGGUAGUGCCAUCAAACAAACGCGCUCUUUACAUCUCAAUUACCUUUCUUGCCAUACUCAGCCGACUAAUAGUAAUUGUGCUGCAGGUCAUAUCGAACCAUUUAAUUCCCGAUCAUGAUGCCAACGUUUUCGUUGCACCACGUGACCCAACAGAACAUGCUGGACGUUUUGAUGGAUUCGUUAAUGGUUUAUUCGGAGGAUUGCUUCGCUGGGAUGCUCAGUAUAUUUUGCAUAUUGCUGAGCAUGGAUAUAGUUAUGAAAAUACGCUUGCUUUCUUCCCACUGUUUCCGUUGAUCGUAAAAACAAUAACCAUGGCUUUGGGAGGAAGUACGACAAUACUUACAUAUCGCGAGCUGUCGUUGGUUCUAGCCGUACUGUCGAAUAUAGUAUUCUUUGUGCUAGCCGCGAAAGCGCUCUACAAGCUUAGCAAUAUGGUUUUGGGGAACAAGAAGAAAAGUGAGCUUGCAGUGAUUCUAUUCUGUGUGAACCCAGCAUCGGUGUUUUUCACGGCACCUUAUACGGAAAGUCUCUUCGCGUGGCUAUCGUUUACGGUGAUGGUACAGUGCAUCGAUGAUAUCAAUUCGGUGUUGAUUACGGUUCCACUUAGUUUGAGCCUAUUGUGCCGAUCAAACGGAAUGUUAAAUAUUGGGUAUCUGCUGUACUUUAAUAUGCGACGCAUACUGGCUCAGAAAUCUUUUCACAACAUCAUCUGCAUAGUAUCGAAGCUGUUUUCGAUCCUCAUGAUCAUCAUCUUCCAUUACGGAAUUGCUCAAGUUUAUAACUACUAUUUAUUUUGCUUCGAGCAAAAGUUUACCUUUCCGGCAUACGUUACAGACUAUGCCGUGGCACACAAUCUGGUGCUAGCUGGGAACAAAACAAACGAAUCGUCGCCUUGGUGCUCCAACUAUUUGCCUUUAUCUUACUCGUAUGUACAAAACCACUAUUGGAAUGUAGGAUUUAUGAAGUACUAUGAACUGAAGCAGUUACCAAACUUCCUUCUUGCCUUACCUGUCAUUUAUCUAAUAAUUAGCAAUACGUAUAAAUAUGUUCAGGAAAAUUGGGAUUACUGUGCUCGGCUCGGUUUAUUCCAGGCAACAAACAGGAAACAGGAUAAGCAUAUGAAAAACUAUGAUCGGCUUGCAUUCGUUUUUAUAAUGCAUGGAAUCUUUCUAACACUGUUCAGUAUGCUAUUCGCGCAUAUUCAGGUUACGACUAGAAUGGUGGCUUCGUCUAGUCCCUUGCUUUACUGGUUCGCGGCGGACUAUUUCACCGGUGAUAGAGCAUUUAUCAGGCGACAAGUCAUCCGAAAGUUGUCCAAACAGGUCCAAGAUGGUGCCGAACCAUGCGCUCACCUCGAAAAUUACGUUGAACUGAGUGAGGUGCUCGAUUGGAAAUCGAUGAACUGGAAGCAGAAGGCGAUUUUGCUUUACUUUGCUGGAUAUGCCGUUGUCGGUGCUGCAACCUUCGAAGGCGGUUAUGGCAGCAUACGCACAACCAUAAGGAGAGGCCGCUAUCGCUAUGAGGCACUAGAUAAAAAGAUCUGGACGAAGGCGAAGCGCCUACCAGCAGCAUUUUAUAAACAUGGCCGAGAAACACUGGCAACGGUUCUACAUUGGGUUAUAUUCAAGAUUCAAGAGGAGGAGAAGCUACCGGAGGAGUGGAUGGGAGGAAUUGUUUAUCCCAUCUAG